AUGUCUUUAAAGGCUUGCCAUGGAUGUACAUCUGUAUCCAAGUGUGACUGCAGUGGAGUAAAAGGUGAAAAGGGUGAAAGAGGAUUCCCAGGCUUGGAAGGGCAGCCAGGUUUGCCUGGGUUUCCAGGACCAGAAGGACCUCCUGGCCCAAGAGGCGUGAAGGGACCUCCAGGGCUACCAGGAUUUCCAGGCACACCAGGACUUCCUGGAUUACCGGGACAGGAUGGGCCACCAGGACCUCAUGGUGUGCCAGGGUGCAAUGGAACAAAGGGAGAGCGUGGAUUCCCAGGCAGUCCAGGUUUCCCUGGUUUACAAGGACCUCCUGGACCCCCUGGUCUACCAGGUAUGAAGGGUGAACCAGGUGAAAUAAUUACAUCCUUGCUGCCAGGACAAAAGGGUGACCCAGGAUUUCCAGGUCUUCCAGGAAUACCUGGCCCCCCUGGUUCCAUGGGUAUACCAGGUCCAACUGGCCCUCCAGGGCCCCCAGGUUUGACAGGACCUCCUGGCCCCCCAGGGCUUCCAGGACCUAAGGGUAAUAUGGGUUUGAACUUCCAAGGACCCAAAGGUGAAAAAGGUGAACAAGGUCUUCAGGGACCGCCAGGGCCACCAGGACAAAUUGGUGAACAGAAGAGACCAAAUGACAUUGAGUUUCAGAAAGGAGAUCAGGGUAUUCCAGGUGAUCCAGGCCCACCAGGACUUCCUGGGCCACAAGGCCCUCCUGGUCUUCCCGGUGGCGUAAAAGGUGAAAAAGGUGAGCAAGGAGAACCAGGCAAAAGAGGAAAGCCUGGGAAAGAUGGAGAUCCUGGUCAGCCUGGUCUAGAUGGUUUACCUGGUGGGCCUGGAAUAGAUGGUGCUCCAGGAAGAGAUGGUGAAAAGGGUGAGAAAGGUGACACUGGUCCCCCUGGUCCUCCUGGAAGUGUCAUUUCAAGACCAGGCAUUGAUGCAACAGUGGGACCAAAAGGUAGCAAAGGAUUUCCAGGACUUCCAGGAGCCAAAGGAGAACGUGGAUUCUCUGGUAGGCCAGGCCCACCUGGUUUGCCAGGUUCUCCAGGGAUCACAACUGUUGGACCUCCUGGCCCACCUGGCUUACCUGGUGAGAGAGGACAGAAGGGAGAUCAAGGUUUACCUGGUGUUUCGAUUCCUGGGCAGCCAGGACUUGAUGGACCCCGGGGAUCCCCAGGACCACCAGGACCCCCAGGACCACCUGCACCAUCAGGUCCUCCUGGUGAAGGGUUAUGUGAGCAGGGGCCUCCAGGUCCUCCCGGAAUUCCAGGACAACAAGGCUUUAUGGGGGAGCGAGGCCAAAAAGGUGAUCAAGGAGACACAUGCUUCAAUUGCAUAGGAACUGGAAUAUCCGGGCCUCCUGGAGAGAGAGGACCUCCAGGACCUCCAGGUAGUCCAGGUUCCCCUGGUUUUCCUGGACAGAAAGGUGAAAAGGGGCUUCUUGGAUUAACUGGCCUUGUAGGACCACCUGGAUUUCCAGGGCCCCCAGGUGCCCCUGGGAGACCUGGUCCUAAAGGAGACCCAGGGGAUGUCCUGACUUCUCCAAGAAUGAAAGGUGACAAGGGAGAUCCUGGCUUCCCAGGACCUCCAGGUCUUCCUGGCAUAGAUGGCACUCCUGGACGAGAUGGACUGCCAGGUCUGCCUGGCCCUAAGGGAGAACCUGGUAGUGUUGCAUUCAAAGGAGAAAUGGGAAUUCCAGGUGACCCAGGAAUACCAGGUCUUCCUGGAGACAAAGGACUUCCUGGACCUCCUGGUUUUGGUCCACAAGGUUCACCAGGUGAAAAAGGCAUCCAGGGUGUUUCAGGUCGUCCAGGCCCUCCUGGAGUUCCUGGUCCAAAAGGUGAACCUGGUCAGACUAUUACAGAACCAGGAGUACCUGGCCCCCCUGGUCCUCCAGGCAGAAAUGGUGACCCAGGUCUUCCAGGGGAUCCUGGUCAGCCAGGUCAGCGUGGCCUGCCGGGCAUCCCAGGUGUGAAAGGAGAGCCAGGUAUUCCUGGCAUUGGGCUUCCAGGUCCACCAGGCCCAAAAGGUUUCCCAGGUACUCCUGGCCCCCCUGGAGCUCCAGGAACUCCAGGUCGCCCUGGUCUAGAUGGACCUCCUGGACCACCUGGUUUUCCAGGACAGAAGGGGGAUCGUGGAUUUGGAGUUCCAGGACCACCUGGAUCCCCAGGACCACCAGGCUUAAAAGGAGUUCAAGGGCCUAAAGGUGAUACUGGCUUCCCAGGAAACCCUGGUCUCCCAGGACGAGCAGGUUUUGAUGGAACUCCAGGGCCCAAAGGUGACCCUGGACCAAGCGGACCACCAGGACUUCCAGGCCCACCAGGCAUCCCUGGGAUUGGUGGCCAAGGUCCACCUGGACCUCCUGGACUUCCAGGGCCUGUUGGUCCACCAGGGUUGCAAGGCAUUCCAGGAGAGAAAGGAGAUCCAGGUCCUCCAGGCUUUGACGUUCCUGGUCCACCAGGUGACCAAGGAGCUCCAGGAUAUCCAGGACCACCUGGUCUCCCAGGGCCUCAAGGUUCUCCUGGACCACCAGGCCGGGAUGGAAUACCUGGAUUUCCAGGUACCAAAGGCGAGAUGGGUGUCAUGGGAGCCCCUGGUCCUCCAGGGCCUCCAGGAACACCUGGAAGAAGUGGCAUUCCCGGCUUGAAAGGUAAUAAUGGAUUACCUGGUCAGCCAGGACCUCCUGGACCAGUAGGACAGAAAGGCAUCAAAGGUGAAGCAGGCCUGCCAGGUCCACCAGGGAAAGUUGAUCCAAAGCAGCUGGGAGCAAAAGGAGAAAAAGGCGAACCAGGUGUUCCAGGUAUUCCUGGAUUAUCAGGACAGAAAGGUUAUCAAGGUCUCCCAGGUGACCCUGGCCCUCCAGGACUUAGUGGCCCACCAGGUGCACCAGGAUUACCAGGCAUCAAGGGAGACACAGGACUUCCUGGGCAACCAGGACCAACAGGACCUCCAGGAUUAAAAGGUGCCAUGGGAGAGAUGGGCCUUCCAGGUCCCCCAGGGAUUAAAGGCAGCCAAGGAGUAGGAGGACGUCCAGGCCAGCCUGGGCCAGCUGGAUUUCCUGGACUGAAGGGGGAAAAAGGUGACCCUGGUCUUUCAGACAUCGGAAUUCCUGGUCCCCCUGGAUCAAAGGGUGAUCUUGGUUUGCCUGGAUACCCAGGCAGUCCAGGCAGUAAAGGUAUAGCUGGAAAUCCUGGUUCGCCUGGGUUGCCAGGAAAUCCGGGUGCAAAAGGAGAACCUGGACUUCCUGGAUUCCCAGGAACGCCGGGAAUUCCAGGGCCAAAAGGUAUUGAGGGGCCUCCAGGUAAUCCUGGUUUGCCUGGACCACCUGGACCAGUAGGUGAGUAUAAAUAUGAUAGCCUUUUUGGUUUCACAGGGCAAAAGGGUGAACUGGGGUUACCUGGCCCACCAGGACCCCCUGGACUUCCAGGUCUGAAGGGAGAACCAGGUUUCCAGGGAUUUCCUGGUCUACAGGGUCCACCAGGUCCACCAGGAUUACCAGGGCCACCUCUGGAAGGUCCUAAAGGUAGCCCUGGCCCACAGGGUGUUCCAGGAAGACCAGGUCCACCAGGCCCAGAAGGUCCUCGAGGGCCACCAGGCAGCGGAGGACUUAAAGGGGAAAAAGGGAACCCAGGUCAACCUGGUCCGCCUGGCCUGACUGGUCAAAAGGGAGAUCAAGGAUCACCUGGACGCCAGGGGGAUCCUGGUCGUCCUGGUCUGAAUGGAAUGAAGGGUGACCCGGGGGUUCCAGGUGUUCCAGGAUUCCCAGGUAUGAAGGGUCCCCCUGGACCUGCAGGACCUGCUGGCCUCAUGGGAAGUCAAGGCCUGCCAGGCCCACCAGGUCCACCAGGCUUACCAGGUGCCAUUGGACGAAGCAUUGUUGUCAAAGGUGACCCUGGUCCACCAGGUUCUCCAGGACAACCUGGCUCAAAAGGGCCACCAGGAUUGCCUGGGCCACAAGGAUUACCAGGUCCAAUUGGUCUUCCUGGUGAUCCAGGGCGAGAUGGGCUACCCGGGUUUGAUGGACCAGCAGGACGUAAAGGCGAGAGAGGUCUUCCAGGCCAACCAGGUUCAAGAGGAACACAGGGGCCCCCUGGUCCUGAUGGCCUGCAAGGCCCACCUGGUCCUCCUGGAACAGCCUCCGUUGCUCAUGGAUUCCUUAUAACUCGUCAUAGUCAGACUAGGGAUACACCACUAUGUCCACAAGGAACAUUAAGAAUAUAUGAUGGAUUCUCUCUGCUGUAUGUGCAAGGAAACGAGAGAGCCCAUGGCCAAGAUUUGGGUACUGCGGGGAGCUGUCUUCGACGUUUCAGCACGAUGCCCUUCAUGUUCUGCAACAUCAACAAUGUUUGUAACUACGCCUCAAGGAAUGACUACUCCUACUGGCUCUCAACUCCAGAGCCAAUGCCGAUGAGCAUGGAGCCGCUGACGGGGCAGAGCAUUCAGCCGUUCAUAAGCCGAUGUGUUGUGUGUGAGGCUCCUGCAAUGGUAAUAGCUGUCCACAGUCAGACCAUUCAGAUUCCUUCGUGUCCGCCAGGCUGGGACUCCCUUUGGAUUGGUUACUCGUUCAUGAUGCACACUAGUGCUGGAGCAGAGGGAUCUGGACAGGCCUUGGCAUCGCCCGGAUCCUGUUUAGAAGAAUUCCGCUCAGCUCCCUUUAUCGAGUGCCAUGGUCGUGGAACUUGUAAUUACUAUGCCAAUUCCUAUAGUUUCUGGCUGGCAACUAUAGAGGUGUCAGAAAUGUUCAGUAAACCUCAGUCAGAGACUCUGAAAGCUGGAGACUUGAGGACGCGUAUUAGUCGUUGUCAAGUUUGCAUGAAGAAGACGUAACAUCUCAGAGAAUCUAUUAUAAAAACAGUUGCAAGUUCCUAAGGUGCACUGUCCUCCAGCUGUGAUAAUGGUGCUACUGUGUGGAAAGAAAAAAAAAAAAUCCAAACUCUUUUAACCAUGCAGAUUCAAGUGUACCUCACUCGCCAAACAAAAGGUUGUUUGGCACAUGUUUUACAACAGGACUAAGAUAAAAGAAUUGACCUCUUGGAACAAAAAAGACAUUUGAGGUUCACAACGGCUCAGAAGAUGAAAGUUUCCAUUUCUCUCCCUGUACCAAAAUGGCACCUUUUUGAUCAACCAAGAGAAUACAGAAAAAGACAAUGCACUGAGUAUGUUUAAAAUAACCAGACUGCAGUUUUGAAAAACAUUUUUCAUGGUGCUACUAACCCUACUGUAUCCCAGGUUUUUAAUAUGAAAUUUUAAGCUUAUUUCUCUUUGUAAGUAAUGAAAUGUGUAUAUUGUGUAAACACCUUUUUAGUUGAAACUUUUAGUCAUCUAGAAACAAACCAGCCUCCAAUAUAAAAAUGCUCAUGUCUAAAGUUAAAACACACAACAGUAUUUUAUUAUGAAACUUGUAGGAUGGAGACAAUUUACACCUCUUGCACCAAUUUAGUCAUUAAAUAUUUCAUUUCCUUCCACAACUGCCAACCUGAUACAUUUGAAGAAAUGCACAAUAAUUAUGAAGUCAUUUUG